AUUGAAUGAUCAAGUCCAUCAGAGGAGGCGGGAUAGGUGUCAAAUUGUUGUUGUUUUGCUGUCCGACAUUUUGGGAGUCUGAAAAAAAAAAAAUCAACAUAGCUUAGGUUGUAUCGAAAGCUUUCUCAAGUCCAUAAUGAACUGGCAGUACAAGCGCAGCCUGCCUUUCGAGGUGCGGAGAGCAGAGGGGGAGAAAAUACGAGCCAAGUACCCGGACAAAAUCCCAAUCAUAGUGGAAAAGGCACCUAAAUCUCGAGUUGCAGAAUUGGACAAAAAGAAAUACUUAGUGCCUUCCGAUUUAACAGUGGGUCAGUUCUGUUUCCUGAUUCGGAAGAGGAUAGAGCUGCGAUCUGAAGAGGCUCUCUUCUUCUUUGUCAAUAAUGUGCUUCCUCCCUCCAGUGCUACCAUGGGACAAGUGUACGAGGAACACCACGAGGAAGACUUCUUCCUGUACCUCGCCUACAGCAACGAGAGUGUGUAUGGAUAGAGGGACAGAAGACAGAAGAGGGAGAGAGGGAGAGCGAAUAGAUGUAACUCACAGAUUUGUGCCCAGUAAAGAUAAUUAAGAAAUGAAAAUCUGCAUGAAUAAAGUCCAUUUCUCCAUAUCGCUGGUACUCUCAAUAUAGUACAUCACAGUUCACCCCAUUAUGCAGCAUUAUUUGAUUAAAGCAAGGUUAGAAACUCACACUAGCCCUACGCCGAAUACUGGGGAGUUUCCUGUGAAAGUAUUUUUAAACUGAAAAAGUGAUUCAACCAAUUAUUUCACACAGUAUACAGGGGGCAGCAGUCUUAAAGGCCCCAACGUUCAGUUUUGACCUCAUGCAUGAGGAAGAAGGCUAGGAACCUUUUUGAGUUCUGCACCCUGACACUGCUAGUAACCUAUUUCCUUUAUUGAACCAAACAUUAAUUAGCUGAAAAUGAAAGUUUAGAACAAAUCUUUUGUUGGAGUCAAACAUAUAUGACUUCAUGCAACAUAACUGUAUGUCGUUCAGUUUUACCUCACUCUACUGUCCUGUAUGCAGUGUAACACUAUACAACCUGGUAGAACUACAGAAACGAUCAAACAUGUCAAUGGAGAGUUCUAUAUAAAGACUGCCGGCUAGAGUCUCACUGUGCUUUUUCUGUAUACAGUAAGAUGCUGGCAUGACCAAACUGCAAAACACUAAAACUAAAGUAGCUACCCAGCAUGUAAAGUAUUACAACCACUUAAGGGGAUUAAAAAAAAAAAAAAAAAAAAGUUAAAACCUGAUUUGACUGGACCGGACAGAUCUCUUCAUUAGUGAUGUGAAGCUAUUUAAAAAGUAUACUUUCUUAAACAAUGAUCAGGGUUGAAGUGCUAACCGUUGUUUUAACAUUGUCUUACCUCUCAGUAUUCACCCCUUCUAUUAUGCUGAAAAUCUUUUAGGCUAUUUUUUUUUGUUUCUUAAUUCCGGAAAAGCAGAUCCUUCAAAAACAAACAAACAAACAAACAAACAAAAAAAAAAAAAAAAAAAAACGCUGUCUAGCAAACUGUUGCAUCUUGGUAUUUUAGCUGUAGGUCACAUGUCUUGAUUACAGCGAGCCCAUUGGUGUGUUUUUAUUACAUCACUUGGAAAGUGAUCGUGUACCAGGAAGCAGCAGCAACUUUGCAUCUAUCACGCUGUCUUUGAGAUCUGUCUUACAAAUUCAAGUAUAUAAGGCAAGCAAAGAACCACAAGAUCUUCUACCAAAGAAAGGAGGUGUUAGUGAUAAUGCUGCCAGUGCGAAUACAAGAUAGAUUU